AUGGAGAGUCUCAAGGCGGUCUUCUUUGGGCCCGACCCACAAGCCCAGAUGAGGAAAUGCAAUGCUCUCAUUCGCACCAACACACGGCAACUCGACCGCGACCUAGCCCGGCUGAAAGCCAGUGACAGCCAGACCCGCCAGCAUAUCCUGAAUGCCUCAAAACGCGCCCAGCGAAACCCUUCCCAGGCCAAACAGGCUACGAAUGACACUAAACUAUUCGCAAGGGAGCUGGUCCGGAUUCGCAAGCAGACUGCACGGCUGCAUACCAGUCGGGCUCAAUUACAGAGUGUGGGGAUGCAGGUCAAUGAGGCCUUCUCGGCGCGCAAGAUCCAGGGCAGCCUUCAGAAGUCUACAGGGAUUAUGAAGGAUGUAAACACACUCGUGCGACUACCUCAACUAUCAUCGACUAUGCACCAACUUUCUACGGAAUUAGUCAGGGCCGGCAUCAUCGAAGAGAUGGUAGAUGAUGCGAUCACGGACCCUUCAAUGUUUGAAGAGGAGGAAGAAGAAGCGGACUCGGAGAUUGAAAAGAUAUUGCAGGAAGUGCUUCAAGGCAAGCUCGCCCAGGCCCAGCCUGUCACUGCGCCACCUGUGGCCAAGAUUUCAGAGCCGGAGACUCAAGCUGAAGAGGAGUUCGAAGAUCAAGAAGCUACUCUGGCACAGAUGCGCGGCCGGUUGGAAGCUCUCAAGAGCUAG